ACGGGUCCCCCAGAGACCGUUAUUAUAAAAAAAAAAUUUCCAUCCAAACCAAUGAUUGGACAUGGUUCCUGGGACCAUUUUACACCUCUGGACCAAGUUUCAAAAUAUUUGCCGGCAGGAAUUUCGAAUACGGUCAGUUUUAGUGUUUCGAGUAGAAAUUAAGGGGAAAUCACAUGUAAAAUGCGUAGAAAAAGAUCAAAGUUUCAAUGUUUUAACAACAAAACAUUACUGGUCAUGGUUUUAAAUUGUAUUAACAUGUAGCAGAAUGAUAUAAAAACGAUUUACAGCUCUGACUUAGCCGGAUUAAGCCGAUGUUAAGUGACUUAAGUAUAUUAUUUACAAGUUUAUGCCUUAAUAUCUAAAGAAAACUCCUACAUCAAGUGAUUUAAAGUCAAGGAAAACUAGGUUGCACAAAAAUAACUUAAAAUGGGGUGACUUUGAGCCAAGGGGUGACAUUGUACCAACAAACGCAUAAAGAUUGCUUUGAUAAGCUUGAAUUUUAUGUUAAUUUCAUUAUUUGUAGACGAAUUAAUUUGGUCUAUUUAUGUUCCCACAAAGGAAUUUGAUGUUUUUGCUACGCUAAUCUGCUUGUUCUAUUCUCGCUGCCGGAACCUGUUGUAGGAAUCCUUGGUUACCAAAGGUUACCACUUUGUUUGUUAGUUCUUCAAGUUCUCGGAUUUGAACGUUCGUCACCUCGUGCGAAGAAUUUGUCUACAAAAAUGGAUUUCCACGAGAGGAAUAGAACUUUGGUUUGCGUUUUGUGUCUCACUUGGGCGGCUUCUCUGCGGCCGAUUUCCUCAAACGUUGGAAUCGUCAUUGGAGCAAAUUUUUUGAUGGACUUUGAACAAAGAAGAAAUUUCUACCCAACGGUUAUCUGUGGAAAAUGCCGGCAUGCUUGUGGAAAAAAUUCCAAAGGAGAAGAAACAUUCAAGGUUCACAGUUAUAAGUAUGAUUCUACAACAAUAACAAGAUCUUCGGGUGUUUGCAAGUGUGAAAUUUGCACUGCUGCAAAAAUUCGCGAUGGAACAAAUUUGCCAGGAUUUAAACCGAUUAGAGUCAAAAGGGGGAGACCACGCAGCAAUGAGGAAAUUUCUGAUAGCAAGACGAUGCGAUUAUGUGAAACUUGUCUCAGCGAUUUUGGCCCAGGCAAAAGGCAUGUUUGCAAUCAAUCCACUAGGACAGCAAACUUAACUAAAAUUAUGAAAAGUGGCGAGUCCUCUUCUUCUUCCACGGAUGCAGCAGUGCGUGAUUAUCUCAAUUCUUCACAUGAGUCAUCGGGUAAUAAAUUCUCUUAAUAUACUUAUAUUGUACUGAAUAAGUUUUUCCCCAAGAUGGAACAAUAACUUUGCGUAACAUGAAAGGAAAAGCGUCGGUUUUCAAGAAAAUGUCUACAAGAUCAGAAACAUCAAAAAAUCUGCAUGCUAAUGAUAUAUUUCAAGUCAAAGCGGAGAACAACUUGAGCAUGAAAAAAACAAUGGGAGUUAUCAAAAGUCUUCGCACGACGGGUGUUUUGGUUGAACCAGGAAUUCGCACAAAAUUGGUGGAACUGAAUCGACAGUUGAAAGACUUGUUCAAGAUUGAGCAUCUGUCCAACUUAGAUAACAGCGAAAAUUUGGGCAAAGCAAAAGAAGAAGUUGCAGUGUACUGUACUGAUGUUCAAGAGCUCAUAAAUCGAAUAAAGCAGUCAAGAUCGUACACAAGUGAUGAUGGCAUUGUGGUGAAAUUGGGAAUUGAUGGAGGAGGUGGAUUUUUCAAAAUAACUCUAUCUGUACUGUCAAAAAAUCUGGAGCAGCUGACUGGAAAUGCAUUCAAGGUCGGCGGUGUGAAACGACUUUUUAUCAUUGCUCUUGUGCAAAAUCUCGCGGAAAAGUAUGAAAACGUCGCUCCAAUAUGGACAAAACUGCUGAAGCUGCAAAACAUCGAAGCCAUAAUAGCAGGUGACCUCAAGAUAAUCAAUAUUAUUACUGGAAUAAUGGCACACUCCUCGAGACAGCCAUGUCCAUACUGUGAGGCACAAAAGUCAGCCCUUGGAACAUGCAAGGGAACAAGUAGAACCAAAGGCAACAUCAAGACCAACUAUUUGAACAAAAAGAUGGGUGGCAGGAACACUGCUUGCUGCAUAUACGAACCAUUGAUCUACGGAAACGAUGACGACGAAAUCCUUUUCCUUUGCCCUCCUCCGCCACUGCAUCUUACACUCGGAAUUGUAAAUACGAUCUUCAAGGGAGUAGAGAAGAAUUCUCCCGAUUGGGCAGAUUUGUGGGUGAGCCAAGCCAACGUACGACAUCAGCAGAAAACAUAUGGUUUUACAGGCCGGGCUUGUCACGCGCUAUUGAAGGCGGCUGAUUGCUUGGAACUUAAUUCUGAUUUACUUGGUUACGCUAAGGUAAGCUAUUUGAGAAAGAAGGUGAGAGAUUUUAACAAUUAUUUAUUUAUUUAUCAGGCUCUGAAGAAGUUCAACGACGUAUAUAAUAAGUGUUUCUCAUUUAAACUAGAUGCUAGUUUUGAAGAAAGUAUCCACGAAUUUGUGUCUAGCUGGGAAGACCUUCAGCUACCUAAUACUUCAAAAUAUCAUAUUACUAAGCAUCACGUACCUGAUUUUUGUAAGGCAACGGGACGAGGACUUGGGCUACAUAAUGAGCAAGCCUCUGAGUCCGUACAUUCGGACUUUGACGUCGUUUGGCAACGGUACAAAGCGCCUAAAACCGCCGAAGUGUACAAUGAUCGGUUGCUCAACGCUGUAAUUGAUUACAAUAGCAACCACUUGUUUUAGUCCUACGCACACUUCACACUUAACAUUUCACAAAACCUCAAUUUACACUUCUUGAUUAUGAUUUGAACAUUUGAUACACUUAUACAUUAUAAGCCUCUCUUCAGCACAGGCGUAAGGCGUCACCUUUUGUUAAUUAACUUUCAAACUUUUCACUUGCGUUCCUAAGAUAUUGUUAUGCUGUUACUAUACUUAAGCUAAUCAAGCAGGCUUAGGUGAGUUAAGUCACAUCUAAAAAACGUUGUUUGUUGAUUGUAGAUGAAAUAUAUGCAUGUUUGUAACGAAAAAAAAAAAAAAAAAAAAAGCGUUUGUUGGUACAAUGUCACCCCUUGGCUCAAAGUCACCCCAUUUUAAGUUAUUUUUGUGCAACCUAGUUUUCCUUGACUUUAAAUCACUUGAUGUAGGAGUUUUCUUUAGAUAUUAAGGCAUAAACUUGUAAAUAAUAUACUUAAGUCACUUAACAUCGGCUUAAUCCGGCUAAGUCAGAGCUGUAAAUCGUUUUUAUAUCAUUCUGCUACAUGUUAAUACAAUUUAAAACCAUGACCAGUAAUGUUUUGUUGUUAAAACAUUGAAACUUUGAUCUUUUUCUACGCAUUUUACAUGUGAUUUCCCCUUAAUUUCUACUCGAAACACUAAAACUGACCGUAUUCGAAAUUCCUGCCGGCAAAUAUUUUGAAACUUGGUCCAGAGGUGUAAAAUGGUCCCAGGAACCAUGUCCAAUCAUUGGUUUGGAUGGAAAUUUUUUUUUUAUAAUAACGGUCUCUGGGGGAC